AUGCUGUACUCGCGGGGUCGGCUGGAUAAGGACGCCCAGCGAUCGCGCGACGUAGCUAGCCGCGCUCCCCCUUCUCCCCUCGCUGGGGAGGAGGAGGAGGAGGAGGAGGAGGAGAGGGAGGAGGAGGAGGAGGAGAGAGGGCCUGAUCAACGGCGGUCGUUGGCCUCGGCGGGAUUGCAGGAGCCCCUCUCCUUGGCUCAUUCCGAGGUAGACGGCGCUGCGACGGUGGUCGUCUUCACUAUGGUGUACGACCGGCGUAGCUUGCGCAAUAAGACGUGCACCGACGCCAUCGUCAAGCUGCUGAGUCUUGGGUUCAAGUAUUGA